GGAAAGAUGAUGAUCCAGAACCUAUACAGAAGUUACAGGAUUUAGUUAACAAAACCAUGUGGAAGAAAUGCUGCUUUUCCGGAGACGGCGAAUAUAUCUGCGCAGGCUCCGCUAGACAGCACUCCCUGUACAUAUGGGAGCGGAGCGUGGGAAACCUGGUUAAGAUCUUGCACGGCACAAAGGGAGAGAUGCUUCUUGAUGUUGUGUGGCAUCCAGUGCGACCAAUAUUGGCAUCCAUCAGCUCUGGGGUGGUGUCUGUGUGGUCGCAAAACCAGGUGGAGAACUGGUCGGCCUUUGCCCCUGACUUCAAGGAGCUGGACGAGAAUGUGGAGUACGAGGAGAGGGAAUCAGAGUUCGACCAGAGCGAUGAGGACAAGAGUGUCGAAAUGAGCCAGGAGAAGAAGGAGGAGGAUAUUGAGGUGGACGUCACAGCGAUAGAACCCGUUGCAGCCUUCUGCAGCUCAGACGAGGAAGACGACAGCAGCACCCUCCUGUACCUCCCCAUCUCCCCGGAGAUUGAAGAGCCCGAGGAAGGUUGGGGACCAGAGGGGGCACCUAACGAGGACCUGAACAGCAAGCGCUCGGGCGACUGCAAGGAGAACAUAUCCCCGAAGAAGAAGAGACCCAAGACCUUUGAUGUUACCUUAGAGAACGCACCCACAGAUGAAGUGCACCCCUUGGCAAGCAACAGACCGAAAGACAAGCAAAUGGCAGGGAAUAAGAAGGGAAGAAAUAACUCAAAAGGAGACUCGAAGAAGGAUAGAAAAAAACAUUAAAAUUACUUUUUAUGUCAAUAUAUCCUUUUGUGUAUUUAAGUUUUUUCUGUAAAUGAUAUUAGUUUUAUAUAUUUUCUUUUCUUUACUAGUACUAUAAUUGCUACUAUAAAAUUUAUUUUUCUUCUUAGCAGCCGUAAAUAUUUUCCUUGAAGAGUAAAUAAACAAAAACAGUAAUACUAUUGCUUCUCUCAGUAUUUUGUUCCCUUCAUACAGUUUUUGUAAGUGUAUAUAUAUUUCUUCUUUUUUCAUAAUCACUGAAAAAAAAAAACAGGAAAAA